AUGUUAACUAAGUUCGAAACAAAGUCUGCCCGUGUGAAAGGAUUGUCUUUUCAUUCUAAAAGACCAUGGAUUUUAGCUGGAUUACACAGCGGAGUUAUCCAAUUAUGGGAUUAUCGUAUGUGUACACUUCUUGAUAAAUUUGAUGAACAUGAUGGACCCGUACGAGGUAUUUGUUUUCAUACUCAACAGCCUUUAUUUGUUUCUGGAGGUGAUGAUUAUAAAAUUAAAGUGUGGAACUAUAAGCAUCGAAGAUGCAUAUUUACCCUUCUUGGCCAUUUAGAUUACAUCCGCACAACUGUUUUUCAUCAUGAAUAUCCUUGGAUUUUGAGUGCAUCCGAUGAUCAAACGAUAAGGAUCUGGAAUUGGCAAAGCAGAACAUGUAUUUGUGUACUUACUGGGCACAAUCAUUAUGUUAUGUGCGCUCAGUUUCAUCCAACGGAUGAUAUUGUUGUAUCUGCAUCCCUUGACUCUACUGUUCGAGUCUGGGAUAUAUCUGGCCUACGUAAAAAGAAUGUUGCUCCUGGCCCUGGUGGCUUAGAAGAACAUUUGAAGAAUCCAACCGCUACUGAUUUAUUUGGUCAGGCUGACGCUGUUGUUAAACAUGUUCUUGAAGGUCAUGACAGAGGAGUAAAUUGGGCGAUGUUCCAUCCUACUUUACCCCUAAUUGUAUCUGGAGCUGAUGAUCGACAGAUUAAAUUGUGGCGAAUGAAUGAUGCUAAAGCCUGGGAAGUUGAUACUUGUAGGGGACAUUAUAACAAUGUAUCUUGUGUCCUUUUUCAUCCAAGGCAGGAUUUAAUACUUUCAAAUUCUGAAGAUAAAAGUGUACGAGUUUGGGAUAUGACUAAGAGAACUUGCCUGCAUACAUUUAGAAGGGAACACGAAAGAUUUUGGGUCUUAUGUGCUCAUCCAUCAUUAAAUUUAUUUGCUGCUGGUCAUGAUUCGGGUAUGGUUAUUUUUAAACUUGAAAGAGAAAGGCCUGCUUAUGCUGUUCAUGGCAACAUAUUGUUAUACGUAAAGGACAAUUUCCUUAGGAAGCUUGAUUUCUCUAAUUCUAAAGAUCUACCUGUUUUGCAAAUGAGAGGCAGUGGCAAAGUACCAGUGUACAGUAUCAACUAUAAUGUUGCUGAGAAUGCUGUUCUUGCUUGUUCAAGACUUCCAAACGUAGAAAACAGUGUUUACAAUUUAUAUAUACUACCAAAACAGUCAGAAAGCCAAAGUUCUGAUGCAACUGAGAGUAAGUGCACAGCAGGAUUGACAGCAGUUUGGGUCGCUAGAAAUAGAUUUGCUGUUUUGGACAGAUCUCAUUCUAUUGUGAUUAAAAAUCUAAAGAAUGAAGUAACAAAAAAAGUUACAGCGCAAGCAUGUGAUGAAAUUUUUUAUGCUGGCACUGGUAUGUUACUACUUCGUGAUUCCGAAUCUGUUACAUUAUUUGAUGUUCAACAGAAGAGAACUAUAUCUCAAGCUAAAAUUUCUAAAUGCCGUUAUGUAGUUUGGUCAUCUGAUAUGUCACAAGUUGCCCUGUUAGCUAAACACACAGUAACCUUAUGUAACAGAAAAUUGGAUAUUUUGGCAUCUAUCCAUGAGAAUACAAGGGUUAAAUCUGGUGCUUGGGAUGAAAAUGGAGUUUUUAUUUACACAACAAGUAAUCACAUUAAAUAUGCUAUCAAUAAUGGAGAUCAUGGAAUUAUUCGAACACUCGAUUUACCAAUAUAUAUAACCAAAGUUAAAGGUAAUCAAGUUUUCUGUUUAGAUAGAGAAUGCCAAUCAAGAAUUUUGAGUAUUGAUCCUACUGAGUACCGUUUCAAACUUGCUUUAAUUCAUUGGAAUUAUGAAGAAGUACUACAUAUGGUAAGAAAUGCAAGACUUGUUGGUCAAGCUAUCAUUGCUUAUUUGCAGCAAAAGGGCUAUCCUGAAGUAGCGUUGCAUUUUGUAAAAGAUGAAAAAACACGCUUUGCUUUGGCCCUGGAAUGUGGAAAUAUUGAAGUUGCUCUGGAAGCAGCCAGAGCUCUUGAUGACAAAGCUUGUUGGAACAGAUUAGGACAAGCAGCUUUAUUACAAGGAAAUCACCAAGUUGUGGAAAUGUGUUACCAGAGAACUAAGAAUUUUGACAAACUUUCUUUCUUAUAUUUAAUUACUGGAAAUUUGGAAAAACUUCGAAAGAUGACAAAGAUUGCUGAAAUCAGAAAAGAUUUGUCUGGUCAAUAUCAAGGGGCUCUUCUGUUAGGUGACGUGCCUGAAAGGAUAAGAAUUUUGAAAAAUUGUGGACAAGUAUCUUUGGCUUAUUUAACUGCGAUAACUCAUGGCCUAGAAGAAGAAGCAGAAGCACUUAAAGAUGAAUGUGAAGGAAAUCUACCGCAAGUUGACCCAAAAGCUUCGUUGUUGCAACCACCAGUUCCUAUUAUGCAAGCAGAAUCCAAUUGGCCUCUUCUUACAGUUUCGAAAGGAUUCUUUGAAGGAGCAGUAAUGAAAGGUACAGGAGUAACUGCUGCUAUCAUUGAUGAUUCAGGUGAUGGUUGGGGUGAUGAAGCACAACUUGGCUUUGAAGAGCAUAUUCCAGGUGAGGAUGAUGGGGAAGAACAAGUUAUACCAACACAGGAAGGUGAUGGUUGGGAUGUUGGUGAUGAAGAUUUAGAACUUCCGCCUGAUCUUGAAGCUACUCCUACAGGAGAGGAAGGAUAUUUUGUACCACCCACAAGAGGUGUAUCUCAGGCACAGGUUUGGGCCAAUAAUUCUCAUCUUGUGGCUGACCAUGCAAUGGCAGGAUCAUUUGAAACCGCUUUCAGACUCUUGAAAGAACAAGUCGGAGUGGUUGAAUUCGGUCCUUUACAGAAUCUAUUUAUGACUGCAUAUUCCAUAGGGAGAACAUCUUAUACACCAUUACCAGCAUUGCCAUCAAUGUAUGCACAUCCUCACAGAAACUGGAAGGAAGCUGGCGCUAAAGGUGGGCAUCCAGCAUUAUGGAUAAAAUUGAAUGAUCUCGUAACCAGUUUGCAAUCAUGUUACCAGCUGACAACUAAUGGUAAAUUUCCUGAAGCUAUCAAGAAAUUUAGAAGCUUAUUAUUGAGCAUAUUAUUGCUCGUUGUAGAUACCAAACAGCAGAUAUCUGAAGCCCAACAAUUAUUGGGAAUCUGCCGUGAAUAUAUUUUAGGAUUACAAAUGGAAACCAAGAGAAAAGAACUGCCUAAAGAUACGCUGGAAGACCAAAAGAGGAUAUGUGAAAUGGCUGCCUACUUUACUCAUUGCUCUCUUCAACCAGUUCACCAAAUAUUGACUUUAAGAACUGCCAUUAAUUUGUUUUUCAAACUUAAAAACUAUAAAACAGCAGCAUCAUUUGCUAAAAGGUUACUAGAACUUGGUCCUCGCCCAGAAGUUGCACAACAAGCUCGUAAGUUAAAUCAAGCUUGUGAUAAGAAUCCUGUUGACGAGCAUAAGUUACAGUAUGAUGAACAUAAUCCCUUUACUAUUUGUGCAGCAACUUAUAUCCCAAUUUAUAAAGGCAAGCCUGAAGAAAAAUGCCCUUUCUGUGGAGCAAGCUUUCUUCCCGAAUGUAAAGGCAAAGUUUGUACUAUUUGCACAGUUGCACAAAUUGGAGCAGAUACUUUAGGGUUAAGGAUAAGCCCAUUACAAUUUAGAUAA